AUGAAGUCGAUCAACAUUGCGGCUUUUUGCCUCUGUACGGUCGGGACAUCCGCUCUCCAGCUGUCCACUAGCGACCGGCAGGCACUGCAGACCGAGCUCGAAGCGUGGAAGCGCAGCGCUGCUGGGAAAGCCGCCGCCGAGCACGGCUACGUGCCCAAGACCGAGUCGGGGGAGCUCGGAGGCAAGACCUUGGAGCUCGAGCGCUUUGCUGCCACCAAGAGGGUGGUUGCGCAGCUCAAUUUGGCCAACCCGCAUGCGACGUUUACCGAGAAGAACCCGUUUGCGCUUUUGAGCGACGACGAGUUUGCACGGUUCGCCACCGGCCUUGGCAACGCGACGACACCGGCUCGAGCACUCUUGAUUGACGGGCAGCUCACGCCGCUGCAACGCGCCGCGACCGGCGUCGACUGGUCUACCGAUGCCUGCAUGUCGGGCGUACGUGACCAAGGCGGCUGCGGCAGCUGCUGGGCGUUUGCGUCCGUGGGGGCAGCUGAAUUUGCGCACUGCAAGGCCACCGGGGCCCUCGCCACGUUCUCGGAGCAGCAGCUCGUGAGCUGUGCUUCGAGCGCCGGCUACGGCUGCCAAGGCGGGUGGCCCAACAAGGCGCUCGACUACUUGGCCAGCACGGGCGCGUGCUCGGGCACGUCGUACCCGUAUGCAUCGGGCAACUCGCGCGCAAGUGGGCAGUGCGAUAGCGGCUGCACCAAGGCGCCACUGCGGCUCGGCGCGUCCGUGACAAUCUCGGGCGAGAGCGCGCUGCAGAGUGCGCUCGAGAAGCACGUCGUCACGGUGACGGUCGAAGCCAACAACGCCGUGUGGCGCAACUACAAGAGCGGCGUCGUGACGCAGUGCCCUGGUGCGUCGUCGGACCACGCGGUCGUCGCCGUUGGGUACGGUUCCGAGAACGGUGUCGACUUUUUCAAAAUCAAGAACUCGUGGGGUGGCGCCUGGGGGGAUGCCGGCUACAUGAAGCUCCAGCGCGGAGUCGGCGGCAAGGGCAUGUGCAAUCUUGCGGCCAACGGCGCGUACCCGCAAAUCAACGGCGGCGCGUCAUCGCGCACGACUCACAAACCAACGCACAAGCCAACGCACAAGCCGCAUGCACCGUCCAAGGCACCCUGCACGCCGUCGCCGGCCCCGUACACACCGGCGCCAACCGAGGCUCCCAGCAGCAUCCCGACCGAGGCACCGAGUGAUGACCCGAGCGAAGACCCGAGCGAAGACCCGACCGAGACACCGAGCGACGGCCCGACGGACGAGCCGCUGCCGGAUUGGCCGACCGACUCGCCGUACCCGCAGCCGUCGUCCGCCCCGACACCGGCCCCGACGCCGGCGCCAACGACGCUGUGUGAGACAUGCAAGCGGUGCUGGGCCCCCGAGACGGCGGGUCGGCAAGGCAUCUGCCUCAGCGCCGACUAUGACAAAAAGUACUGCCUCUACUUGACCAAGAAGUUGCACACGGUCUGGUGCGGCGACGACGACUUGUACAGUGGCAAGGCGCUGCACUAGAGCUGCAUGAAAC